GAAAGUAACUACACCCAGAAUAAAAGGAGACGCCCGCAACAGAAAAGGACAGAGCUUUAUGCUCAGUGCAGGUACUUAACAUACAACAGAAUAUUGGAUCUGCACAUUAUCAUGAAUGAAUCCACAAAGUGAGAUGCAGUUUAAAUAAUCUGGGUCAAGUGUGAGAUGGCUGAGAGUGUACCCACAAUGGAAAGCUCAGAUGAGGAGGAGUUCAAUGAUACAUACGAUUCCUUCUGUGAAAUAAACUGUGAGGAAGGAGAGAACACUCAACCAUCACCACAGUAUGUUCCUCCACCAGGAGAAGUAACAGUUCUGAGUGCUGACCAGGAGACUGUUUCUCUUGGUUUACCACUCGCUGAUCACUCUGUUAGGUGUACACUGCAAAUAGAUUACUCCUACAUACAGAGAAGCAGUUUGAUCACACAGGACUCUGGCACUGUGAAGGUUGAGGGACUGAAACCUGGGACUGAGUAUACUUUCAGCAUCACAAGGAUUGCAGACAAUGGAAAUCGAAGCAAAGCAACCACACUAUCUGUCUUCACAGAGCCCAGCCCUCCUGGUAACAUUGCUGUCUGUCAGGUCAGCAGUGAGUCACUGACUGUGCAUUGGGAGGCUCCUGCUGGUGAAGUGGAGAGUUACAUCGUGACUUGUUGCAGUGAGGGAGAAAUUGUGCAAGAGUUAACAACGGAGACAAACAAACUGACUCUCAACAACCUGAAGCCAGGGGUGUGUUACUCGCUCCAGGUCUCUGCACAACUUAAGAAUGGAAGAAGAAGCAAACCAACUUCAACAUCUGCACGAACAUGCACACCACUGGAGAGUUUAUUGGAGAAUCUGGGCUUGGAGCAGCACUACAAAGACAAGCUAUCACUGAGCAGAAUACUUCAGAUUGAUGAGAAGACCAUGAGUGAUGAACCUGCCAAGUGUAAAUCAGAUCUUCCAUUUUAUUUUCUCAAGAAACUGAUGAUGGUUAAUGUGACAGCUAGAAAUGUGAAAUGUACAUCUGUGAAUGAAUCAACCUGUGAUACUGCAUCCGAAAAGACAGGGUUAGAUUUUGAUAAUCUGUCUGACAGUCUACAUUCAGGUGACAUGCUGAACCCUCUUGACAUAAUCACUGCUCUCUUUUUGUGUUCUGAUGGAUUUGUACAGCAGGAAAUGGCACUCAAAAUGUCUAUGUGUCAGUUUUCUGUGCCUCUGCUGCUUCCUAAUUGUGACACAAAGCAAUGCACACUCAUGCUUUGGGCCUUGAGAGACAUUGUUAAAAAGUACAGACCUCAGUCACUUUCAGAAUCCAAGGGCUUUAUUGAAGACAGAAUUGUUGUCUCUGAACUUCCAAUGAUAUCUUUUGUUAGACUGGGUGACUGCUCCUUGUCCAAGUCAGAGAUACUGAAUAAGCUUCUGAGCAAUUCUCAGCAGUACCAUGACACCUUUAUUCACCGUAACAUGGAGUGUGGUAACAGUCCAAAGAAAAUAUCCAAUGGAUUGGCUGAAAUUACUUGGUACCUUCCUUGUGGGAACAAAAACAUGGAUGUUUUCAGUGAGCCAGUGGCUGUAGCUAACCUUCGUGGGGAUAUUGCUUCAUUUGAGACACAAUUUUCCUUUUUGUGUCAGACAUCUGCAGCAGUUUUUGUCUUCUUUGACAAUUUGGACUCUCAGUGUGAACUGCUCACUAACCAAAACCACAAGGCACAGAUCUUUUUGGUGGGUAACCAUCAAAAUCAGAACUUGGAGGCUCUAAAAACACUAGCAACCAAGUUGGCUUUAACUAAGAGCAACAUCCUUUUAAAGACUAAGUCCAUGAAUGAUGCAGACUUUGUAAAAACAAUGCGGAACACAGUCAGGGAUGUAGUUGAGAAAUCAAAGAUGAAGAUGAGGGUUGAGCAGAUGGUUGACAUUGCCCAUGAACUGGGAAUCUUGGUUGAUGAAGAUUCUGAGGAUUGUCAGACUGCCAAGGAAAAUGCAGAUGCCAUCACGGCAGAAAUUCAAGACAUUCUAAAAUACAAAGAAGAUGAGUUACCCCUGCAAGGCCAAAUAUGGAAGGACCUGACUUGCUUAGAGAAGGAAGAAUACCGGCUUCGAAAAGUUGGGUCUAAAAACAUAGAAAUGUACAAAAGUGAUCUUCAGAAAGAGAAAACAAUACUCCGGGAAAGACAGAAUUCUUAUGACAUGUCAAAGGCAAUGACAUGUUUCAUCAAUGCAAUAUCAAAUCCAGGGAUAGAGAGGUGCUAUUUCCUGAAAUGGAUGCGAAUGAAUCUUGAUAACCUCUCUCGAGAAAAACUGUCUGUCCUCAGGGAGCAGUACAAAAAGAAAUACAACUCUAAGAACAAAGAGGAGAUCAAAGACAUCGACAGACAACUUUCCAACAGCUCACUGGGGACUGAACACUUCUUCCGUGAAAUGGGUCAGAUCUAUGAAGCAUCAGUUUCUCUUCCAGAAACAGACCCAUCACGUCAACAAUUACAGCAUCUGCCCAAACUAUGUGCACAAUUGUUGCUUGAUGGAUUUCCCCUUGAGCUUGUAGAUGGAGAUGCAUCCAACAUACCUCUCAGAUGGGUGAGUGAUGUUCUCUCUCAGCUCAAUGACUUGGUGUCUCCUAAGAGCAAGAUAUUGGUAGUCACAGUUCUUGGAGUUCAGAGCACAGGAAAGUCCACUCUCCUCAACACCAUGUUUGGAGUGCAGUUUGCAGUCAGCAGUGGUCGAUGCACUCGAGGUGCCUUUAUGUUGCUCAUCAGAAUCAAUGAAGAUGUUAAAAAAGUUCUCAACUGUGACUUCAUGAUGAUCAUUGACACUGAGGGCUUAAAGUCACCAGAGCUUGCACAACUAGACAAUAGCCAUGAGCACGACAAUGAGCUUGCAACACUUGUUGUGGGGUUGAGUGAUAUCACUAUUAUCAAUAUUGCAAUGGAGAAUUCAACAGAAAUGAAGGAUAUCCUACAAAUAGUUGUGCAUGCCUUUCUCAGGAUGAAAGAGGUUGGCAAAAAGCCCAAAUGUCAGUUUGUCCACCAGAAUGUGUCAGAUGUUUCAGCACAUGAGAAGAACUUACGAGACAGGAAACUGCUCUUGCAACAGUUAAAUGAGAUGACCCAAGCAGCAGCCAAAAUGGAAAAGAAAGAGGAGAACAAGAGUUUCACUGAUGUGAUGGACUACAGUCCAGACACUGGGAACUGGUACAUACCUGGACUCUGGAAUGGAAACCCACCAAUGGCACCAGUCAAUGCAGGGUACAGUGAGGCUGUUUAUGAGCUCAAGAAAAACAUCAUCCACAUUUUGGGAAGUUGUAAAUCAUCUUCAAAUAACAUAUCUGACUUUACAGAGUGGAUCACAAGCCUGUGGACUGCAGUCAAGCAUGAAAACUUCAUCUUCAGCUUCAGAAACAGCCUCGUGGCUGAUGCAUAUAUGAGGCUGUGCACAGAAUUCAACAAAUGGGAAUGGGAAUUCAGAAAAGAAAUGUACACAUGGGUUACAAAUGCAGAAACAAGAAUUUCCAACUUUGGCACUGUUGCUGAGAAAUCUGAGAUAUCUGACAUGAAAACGUUUCUCAGUGAGAUGAAAAGUGAAGCGUGCACAGUGCUGUCUAAAUUGGAGACAAAGCUUCUUGAAAAUCUGGAACAGUACUUCAAGCAAACAGAGGGUCAUCUCUAUCUUGUUGAAAGAAACAAAGAGGAAUUUGCAAACAGCGCAAAGAGCCUUCGACGAAACAUGGAGAGCUCUGUACUUAACCAACUCAAAGCAGCAGCUGACAUCAGACAGGGAAUGACAGAAAUUGAUAAAAUCAAAGAGAACCACACAAAACAAUUAGAGCGGAGAGUGCAUCGACUGAUUGAUGAAUGUCGGAAAAAAAAAUUUGAGAUGACAGACAAAGAGCUAGAUGAAGAAUUCAAUAAGAUGUGGAAUGAAGCCCUGGAAGAACUAUCUUGUCCAAAACAAAAACCCUCAGAUGUCAUCACAAGUGUGACCUACCACCUGAGAGAAAAUCUAUCACGUAAGGGGAGUCUUUAUUGUGAAUUAUUAAGUCAGAAAAACCUGAAAGAUUGUGGACAGAAGCCUUUCAAAUGUACAGCUGAAGGAUUUUACAGACUUACCCACACAUUUAGCAAGUUCUUCAACAUUGAAGAUCAUGUAAUGGCUUCACAAAAACUAGCUGACAGCAUCAUAAAUGCUUGCACAGAGUUUGUGACUGAAAAAAUACAAAGAAAAAACAAUUACCAUGACACUUACAUCCAGGAGAUCCUACGCAUGAUUGACAACAAGCUACAAAACAGUCAGAAUGUUAAGAUAGAGACUGAGUUUGAAGUUUCUCUAAAACAGCACAUCUGUGCAGAUGCAGCCAGACAGUUCCAGAAAAUGCACGAAGAUUUCAUACGUGUUAAUGAUCCCUACAGAUGUCUGAAUCAAAACAAAGACAAGUAUUGUGCUGAUUUUAAAGAUGUGUUCCAUGGCCAAGACCAGUGCCAGAAGAAGGCAGAUGAAUUCACAAACCGCUGCUUGAGGCCUGCAGUCAAAGACUUUGUCAACCGUUCCUUAGGUCCUGACAUCAUUGGUGAAAUGCAGACACGCUCUGAGUUUAGCACACGAAUGUCCUUCCAGUAUUCACUUUUACUGGAUUUGCUUUCAAAGAAUGACUUUGAAGAGUAUUUGAGCUAUAUUAACUCAUAUGAGGAUUAUGUAAAGAAAUGGAUCCUCAACAAAAUACUGGAACACUUCUCAAAAAUCACUACAACAUUUGAAUUUGAGGAUAAACAUCUCCAAUCAAGCAUCAACAGCAUAAAUGAUGCUAUCAACAAAGCCAAAAUAGAGAAGAAAGGCAACUUGAAGACAUUUGUUGAACAUGUCUGUCAGGAACUUGGUGACAAACUGGUCAUUUCCCAGGAUGCUCUUGGUACUUUCAUGAUCCUAAACAAUGCUGACUUGGAACAGUUUGCUAAAUGGCUCACUGAGUGUGUGAAGAACAUGGCACAAGCUGUUGGGGAGAAGUUUAAAAAAACAGAUAUACAAAUGAAAUUAAAAACUCUUCAUGUGAAGCCUCAGAACGAGCUUUUCACCAAACUGAUUGGAUGUGGUCAACAGUGUCCAUUCUGCAAAUCACCUUGUGACGCAGGAGGACAGGAACAUAAAGAGCACUUCACUUCACUACAUCGGCCAGAGGGUCUGGGUGAAUUUAGGUGGAUCUUUACAGGCAAACUUGUCGUUGACAUAUGCAGCUCCUCAGUGUGCAGUGACACACAUUUUCGCUGCAGUGCCACAAAUGGUGAACGGCACCCUUAUAAAGAUUACAGAACAAUCUUCCCAGACUGGCACAUUCCUCCAGAUGUGAGCCUUGAGGCAUCAGACUACUGGAAAUAUGUACUGGCAACGUUCAACAAUAAAUUUGCCAAAGAAUACAACGCACAGCCUGCUGAUGUUCCUGACACUUGGAAAUCUAUCACACACAAGCAGGCAGAAGAGAGCCUCAAAAAGUCAUUUAAUAUGUAAGACCCAAAAACGGCUUUGAUACGCCUUAUAUACAAGUUUUUGCAGAAAGUUUGAUCUUACUUUUAUGUGAAAUUGUAGAGAACACAAAUAAUGAUAAUAAUAACAUGUUGUACAUAAGGUUGAAGAUGUACUCAUAGACGUUUUACCACUAUGGUCUACAAUAGGUACAUGAGAGAAAGUUACUGCAAGUAGUGUUCCCCUCAGAGAUCAUUGUUUUAUUGAAAUAAUCUGCUUUUAAUGCAUGUUCAUGUUGACCUCAAUACAAUUUUGAAAUACUCUUUUACACGUUAACAAAAUACAACAUGUUUUAAAUGUUACAAAAUAAAUCUGAGUUUGAAUUUAUGAUCUUUGCCUGACAGAUGAAUGCCAUUAUAUUUAAAAGAUGUACACAGUUAAUCAAGGCAACAAAGUGAAAGAUUUUUUUUCUUGUCAAUAUAUUAUGCAAUCUU